AGUUCUCUGCAGACCAGGCUCUGGACGAUGGAGCCGCUGCUGUGUUUAGGGGGUUUGGUGGUUUUGUUCCUGCUGUGGAUCAAAGUUAAAGGUCUGGACUAUGUGAUCGUUCACCACAGGUGGAUAUUUGUGUGUUUGUUCCUGCUGCCGCUCUCCGUCCUAUUCGAUGUGUAUUAUUAUGUGAGAGGAUGGCUCAUUUUUAAGAUGUGCUCUGCGCCCAAAUUACACAACCAGCGGGUACGAAACAUCCAGAGACAGGUCCGUGAGUGGCGGAACGGGGGUGGUCAGACCUACAUGUGCACAGGUCGUCCAGGAUGGCUCACCAUGUCCCUCAGAGUAGGAAAAUAUAAGAAAACCCACAAGAACAUCAUGAUGAACAUGAUGGACAUCCUGGAGGUGGACACAGAGAGACAGGAGGCCAGUGCCUUAUCCAUUAGGCCACUGGGGCCUCAUGUGUCUGUGGGACUGACUGACUGA